GCACGCAUAGCAUAGGCCAGUUCAAACUGAGUUGCCAUUGCCCAUUAGACGCCUACUCCUCACUACUGCUAAUCAUCGAUGUGAUUUCGCAAAUGUACUUUCAAAUUUUUAUCCAGUCAGAAACCAGAUGGGAUCACGUUCUGGACGGUCAAAGGCGGGGCAAAGCAUUCCCUGAUGGCGCCAGAUGCUGAGAUGCAGGAUAAAACUAGGACGUUCCGGUACACUUGCCAUAGAGCACCUUGCCAUUUCUUUAAGCACGGCGCCGUUCGAGAUCGGACAGUCCAUCGCUGCGCCGGGCAUUAUAUAUCUCUGGAUCUAACUGAUCGAUCAUAAGCCCGCAUUGAUCGUGUCUCGUCUCCACACUUCGCUGCCCACUGCGUUUUGUUAGUUUGCUUGGCAUCCAUCCACACCCACACAGCAGUAGCCUCUGAUCAGAUCGCUCCCCGCAUUAGCUCCCAUGGCCAGCCUCGUGCACCAGACGGCGCCGACGAUGCCGGCCGCGGCGGCGUGCAGCGACGACGACUUCAUGCCGCAGAGCUUCGGCUGCUUCGGGCGGUCGCUGUCGAGGGCGUCGUCCAGCCGGAGGCUGGAGUACCGAUCGCUGAGCGGCGAGGGCGCCGAGGAGAUGAGGCGCAUCGCGCAGGAGCGGUCGGCGAGGGCGAAGCUGCGGUGGAAGGCGGUGGCGCAGGAGAUCAUAGCGAGGAGGAGGAGCAGCGGCGGCAAUGGAGGGCCCGGAGCACGGAGGAGGAAGGCGGGGCAGCCGGCGUUCAGCUACGACUCCAAGAGCUACGCGCUCAACUUCGACCAAGGCUCCGCCGAGUAGCGACUGAUCGAGCGAGAUCGGCGGCGAGAUGCAGCUAGCGCCUGGACAGGGAGCGACCGAGCGCGCGACGGCGGCGGACUGGUGUCGCGGCCUGCCGGCCUGCGACCGAUGCCGGCGGGACAAUGGAGCGACCGUGGUUUGGAGACGGUGUGUAGAGGUCAGGUUUUGAGGGCGGAUCUUGCUCCUGUUCAGUGUUCAUUCUUUGGUUGAUUAUUGUUGACUGUUGAGCAUGAAUAUGGUUGGUUGAUGCGUCCUGACAUAUUUAUGUGGUGUAAUAAGAUGAGCUGCAUGCUAGUAGCUGUUUCAAAGUAAA